AGGAGAUGUCGGCGGUGUGGCGCCAAUUGGACUCUCUGGGAGCUGAUGUUUGUCGCAGAUGUCAGUGUUGUGUGCGGCAACAAGCUAAGCUGGAGGUUCGUCGCCUCUACGACUUCCUCACUCGCCUCCGGCCGGAGUUCGAGCAGAGUCGUGCUCAGCUAUUGGCACGCCAUCCUCGGCUCUCUACUCUGGAGGCCCUUGCUGAGGUGCGAUCUGAGGAGGUGCGCCUACGGAGCACGGGCUUAUUGCCAUCCUCUUCAGCAGUCCUGGCUGCCCGCGUUCCACCACCGCUGCCUGGUGUGCCCUCUUCUACACAGGUGGCAGCAACCUCCACUAGUGCUUUCUGCAACUACUGCAAGCAGGAUGGUCACAUGAUCACGGAGUGCAUCAAGAGGAGGAAACAGGGUCGCCGUGGUGGCCGUCCUCAAAAGGACUCGGGAGGCUCCUCUAAUUCUCGUGAGGGCUCCCUUGAGAAGGUUCACCAGGAGAUGCCCACCUUGCUGCGCCGCCUUACUGCUUCUGCACCAUCCUCAGGUUCUGCUGGUUCUGCUGGUCAGACGUCUGGUCCACCACCGCACUCUUCGUCAGGAUCGUCGUACGGGGACUCUGGUUGGGAUCGGUCCUCGGCGCCAUGACUCUCAGCGCCUUUGGGAGCUCGAUUGGCUGCGCCUUCCUUCCGCUGCGUCCUCUAGCCAGUCGGACAUCACCACCCCUUUUGCUUCAGCUGCCACCUCCACCACAUCCUUCGCUCAGUGGCAUCAUCGAUUGGGUCACAUUUGUGGCUCUCGCUUGUCUUCUUUGGUUAGGAGUGGUGUUCUAGGGUCUGUAUCUGGUGAUAGUUCACUAACUUGUAUGGGUUGUAAGCUUGGCAAGCAGAUACAACUUCCAUAUUCCUCUAGUAAUUCUGUUUCUCAACGACCUUUUGAACUUGUUCACUCUGAUGUAUGGGGUCCUGCCCCCUUUGUUUCGAAAGGGGGUCACAAAUAUUAUAUAAUUUUCAUUGAUGAUUUUUCUCGCCACACUUGGAUCUACUUUAUGUCAUCUCGUAGUCAAGUGCUUCAAAUUUACAAGUCGUUUGCUACCAUGGUUCGCACUCAGUAUGAUUCCUCUGUUCGAGUUUUUCGUGCUGAUUCGGCUGGCGAGUACUUAUCUCGUGCGCUUCGUGGUUUCCUUGCUGAACAGGGUACCCUUCCUCAGUAUUCCUGUCCUGGUGCACACGCUCAAAAUGGGGUGGCUGAACGCAAACAUCGUCACGUCCUUGAGACUGCUCGGGCUCUUCUUUU